CGGGCAGGCGGCCCCCUCAUCAGGAGGCCUCAAGACGGGCUCUCCCCCUUCAUCCCCAACCCGCGUAUUCGCCCAGCGUCAUUGCGAGAGAGAAUCGACGCCGAAUUCCCAACCCCCAGACCAGCUCUUCACGCACCGAUUGCCGCUUCGGAGCUCGCUCACGGACCCCGGGAACCGCCCGCGGGAGAGGAUCGAGGGAGGAAGGUUUCUCCCACCGGAGCCAAAUCCGAGCCGUCCUCCCUUAGGCGGGCAAGCGGGCCCUGCUCCGCGGACGGGGCUGCAAAGGCGCUUACUCCAAGCAGGGCAACGUCUCCUCCACGGUCCAGAGUCCAGACCCUCCCCUCCUGGUCAAGGCCGUAGCCCCCCUCCAACAAGGCCGCGGGGCGGAGGCGGCCGGCUGGGCUGACCCCCCGGCCUGGCGUGGGCGGGCCGGCGUUGGGCUUGGGCUUAAAGGGCCGGCCGGCCAGGGCGGUGCCCGAUCCGACGGGGCGCCAUGUGGUCUCUGCAGGCGCUGAAGCUGGGCUGCCUGCUCGCCCUGGCCGCGCUGCCGCUGCUCUGCGGCCUUCUCCCGGCGCUGCUCUUCCGCCUGCGCGGGGCCGCGGCCAACGGUGCGUGGGGUCUCCUAGGGCCGGGCAGGUCGCGUGGGCCGGCGGGCCUGGCUCAGCGUCCUUCUCCCCGACUCUCCGCAGGCGCCUCUGGGAGCGGGCGAAGCAUCCUGAGCUGCGCGGCGGGCGGAGUCUUUAUGGCCGCCUGCUUGCUGGACGUGGUGCCCGAUUCGCUGGCCGAUCUUCGGGACGAGCUCCGUCUGCAGAGCCUCUCGCCGGCCUUCCCCGCGCCCGAACUGGUACUGGCGCUGGGCUUCCUGCUGGUGUUGGUCCUGGAGCACGUGAUGCUGGACUGCAGCGAGCGGCCGGGCGCCGAGGCCACGUCGCCCCUCGUGCUCCGCGAAGAGGCCGCCGUCGGGGAUCAGAGGGCCGAGGCCGCGCCGUCGCCCUUUCGCUCGCUGGUGCUGGUCGUCUCGCUGUCGCUGCACUCGGUCUUCGAGGGGCUGGCGCUGGGGCUGCAGGACACGCCGAGCCAGGUGCUCCGGCUGGCGGCGGCGAUCGUCCUCCACAAGUGCAUCAUCGCGGCCAGCCUGGGCCUGCUGCUGCUCCAGAGCCGCCUGGCCCUGCCCUGGCUGGCGGCCGCCGUGGCCUGCUUCACACUCAUGUCCCCCGUGGGCGUGGGUGUGGGCAUGGCCGUGCCCCGCGGCGCCGGCCCCGGCGGCUCCCUGGCGCGGAGCGUGCUGGAGGGGGUGGCGGCCGGGACCUUCAUGUACAUCACCUUCCUGGAGAUCCUGCCCCAGGAGCUGCAUCGCCCCUCGGGCCGCUUGCCCAAAGUCCUUGCUCUGCUCCUGGGCUUCUCCGGGAUGGCUGGGCUGCGUUUCCUGGGCUGAGCGUCCGCCUUCCUUGGACGGGGUCUCCGGCGGCGUCUGAGCGCGGGCAGUCUCGUUGCUAGGCCACCCGCCUCCGGAGCCUUCAAUGGUUUUAUUAAAUAGGUUUUUAAUUUGUC